UGGACCUUUCUUCGUUCCGCUACUCCUUGUUGUUUCCGACUGCGUAGCAAAGUGUUCAAAAACCCUAAACCUUCCAAGUCCCAACCUCAGCGUUUCAGGGUUUGGGUUUUCACACCCCCUGAAUCUAUUCGAACCAGUUGAGACAAUAAGAAUGCACAAGAACGAGGGAGGAGGCGGCAGACCAAUGGGUCGAAACAAUCAAAACAAAGACAACAAGGAACAAGAAUUGGACUCCAACGACCUCAGAAUGGACAUGAGGGACAUCUACAAGCGUAUUGAGCUCUUGGGCUCUUCUCAUAUGACGUGGAAGGAGAAGAAGGAGUUGGAGAAUAAGAAGGUGGUUGCUCUAGGUGGAAAGCCUCCAAAGAAGCAGAGACUACCUCUAAGUAUAGCAAGAGUUGUCAUGAAGAAACAGAAGGACAGGGAGCAAAAGCAGCUACAAGAGAAUGUCAUUCUUGGACGUUUUGGAGGAAAAUCUGGAGGUGGUUCGAAAAGAUCUGUAGAGAAGCGAAGGCCUGAGGACAGUGUUCUAAGAGCAAGUGAAGGUUAUUUCAAAAAUGGUGUACUUGAUGUGAAGCAUUUGUUGCGUCCAACAUCAUCCAGAGACAGGGAUGCUGGUUCUCAUGUGAACUUGACAGGUCCAAAAAAGGGCGGUCGAAAGAAGGGUGGUGGAAAGAAGGGAGGUGGGAAGAACAAAGGUAAGAAGGGUGGUAAGAAACGCCGUUAAUUCAUAAAGAUAGACAAUCUUUUUUCAAACAUGAGAAAAAGAUAAAAUGUGAAUCUAUUGGCAUUGAAUAGUGCUAUUUACCCAGAGAGUUCAGCUUGGAAGUAGUUGUACUAAGAUCAGUUGUUACCAUAGAGUUGGAGCUCUUUAUAUGUUUUGCUCUUUUCUUCCUUUCAUUUCAAGUGACCCGAUAUUGCAUACAUACAAUUUGUACUUCUGUCCGUUAA